AGGAUGGAAUCUCUGGCUCCCUCACCAAACACAGUAGAUAUGAAACUGAAGAUAACUUGCAUAGAAUGCCAUCCUGAAUGCUUGAUUAUAGUGUUCCAAGGCCAAUAUAAGGCAGGAUGUGAACUUGACUAUUACAUACUACAAAAUGAAAUUCAGCGUGUAUUCAAAGUACAAGAUAAGAUCAACGUUGGUGGAUCUUGUUUGGUGGAAGAUACAGAAGGAAAAUGGCAUAGGGGAAGAGUUCUGGAAAAGAGAGAGAAUAACUCUAAGGUUUUUCUUAUAGAUACUGGUCAAGUUCUAGUGGUUAAGGAAACACAUCUUGCCUCUGCUUGUGAUGAAUUGUUUAAACUGCCUCCAAAGGUGGUUUGGGGUGUUUUUGCAAGCAUACUUCCUCUUGGAGAAAAAUGGGGUCCAAAAGCCAUUAACUAUUUUUCAUCUCUGGUGGGAUUACAGAUUACAGGUCAUGUGAAAGCUGUUAUGCCAUACCAAUUGUUUAUUCUAGAAGUGCCAAAGAUAAUUAGUGAUGUUCUUGAGCUGCAGUUAGGAAAAUUUAUUGAUGGGGAUUCGUUUUAUCUUAUUGUAGAAACAUUAAGAGCAUUUCCCCAAGAAAUGCUUCGUAAUAGAGUGCCACAGUUGUUACAACAGAAGCUUCCAGUCAAGGAUUUGCUUACUUUCAGUAAUUCUGAGAGAUCGACAGAUUUUUGUCCAGUUCCAGGUGAUCUCUUUCCACGUCUACCUGUUGGCAGUCAAGAAAACGUAAGAAUAACUGUUGCAAUUAGCCCAAAUAGAUUUUACUGUCAGAUACAGAAAUGGCAGAAAGAGCUGGAAGAUUUGACAGGAGCUAUGCGUUUGUACUAUGAAGCUAUCAGUACAGAAAAUGUGAAAUCUUUUGGUAGUUUAGGGCUACUCUGUGCUGCCAAAAGUCAAAAUGGGAAAUGGCAUAGAGGAGUGAUAAAACAGUUUCUCUCUGACCAUGUGGAAGUCUGGUUUAUGGAUUUUGGCAUUAUUGAAGCUGUGCCAUCUAGUUGCGUUCAGAAACUUAAAGUAGAGUUCAUGGCAUUACCAAUGGUCUCAUUUCCAUGCGCACUGUCUUGUUUUGAUAGUCAGGAUGAAACAGUAAUAAAAACCCAGCUGAAAGAACUUAUGCAGGCCUUGAUAGAACAGACUUCGGUGUGUGUUCGUGUUGAUUUAUUCAAUGACAUUAAAUGCUUGUAUUAUGUUACGUUGCAAAAGCAAACCCUUGGAAUUCAUGCUAAGCAGUCAGAAAACCUGAAUGAGGCAGUUGCUUCAUGUGUCUCACUUCCAGAAACAAAGAUCACAAGUAUUGCUGUAAACUACAAACCAUGUUAUAAGAGGUACAAUUCAUUAAAGAAUUGUGCUGAAAAUAAAUGUACAAAAAACUGCUUACCUAAAAGGGAUAUUUCUUUGUCAAGCCACUGCAAAAGGGUAGAAAUGAAAAUUAAUUCCUUCCACACUGCUUUUAUAGUAUAUGUCAUAAAUCCAUCUAACUUUUGGAUUCAAAUCUAUGAAUAUCAGUAUGAAUUUCAAACCUUGAUGAAAAAUAUUGAAGCCACAUAUAGCCAAUGUGGAGCUGAUGAAAUGGUCCUUAAAAACCCAGAGCCUGGAGAGCUGUGCUGUGCCCAGUAUAGCAAAGACAUGCAUUAUUAUCGGGGUGUUGUCGUUGAAGUGCUUCAUGUAAACAUUACUGUGUUUUUUUUUGAUUUUGGGAAUACAGAUACAAUACCCUGGUAUAAUGUGAAAACAUUGCUUCCUGAGUUUUCCAGUUUACCAGCUUUAGCUAUGUGUUGUGCACUUGCUUGCACAUUUCCUGUGGAUGAGAUAUGGGUUCAAAAUGAAAUUGAUUUCUUCAAAGAUAAAGUGUUUAAUACACCACUGCUGCUUCAUGUAGUUGGAAAGGAAAGCAACAAGCAUAUUGUUAAUGUGCAUUAUAGGAAUGGUUUGAAUCGAGGAAAUGUUGCCACAUGUAUGGUUCAGGCUGGAUAUGCUGCAUACUGGGAAAGGGCACGAGAUCGUACUCGAAAUUCAGCAAAAAAAAGUCAAGCACCUAAUUCUUGCAAAAUUAAGAAAAAAAAAGUAAAUUCGCAGAGCACAUGUAAUACUCAUAAAAAUAAGGUAUCUGGAAAUGGAGAGAUAUUGCAUAAGGAAAAAUCAUUAAGUGUGCCUUCAGUGCCAAGAGAAUCUGUUGUGCUGUCCUGUUUUGGAAAAGAUGCUGUUGCUGAAAGGUGUAAAUUGGUACGUGAGGAGAAAUUAUUUUAUAAAGAGUUUGUGUUUAAACCAGGAGCUGUUUUUGAAGUCGUGUGUUCUUGCAUUGUUUCUCCAGUAGAUUUUUCAUGCCAGUUGCAAAGCAAACUGCCAGAGCUAAAUAAGUUAAUGGAACAAAUCCAGAGUUACUAUGAAGAACAUACCAGUCCUUACAAAACCGGACAGCUUGCCUGUAUUGUUAAAUCUCCCAAGGAUGGGAAGUGGUACAGAGCAACUGUUGUGCAGCAAGUAUCCACAAAUGAAGUUGAUGUGAUAUUUGUAGACUAUGGUUAUCGAGAAAGAGUUUUACUUAAAGAUCUUCAGGCUGUUCUUCCUGAUUUCCUUAUUCUGGAAAGUCAAGCAUUUCGAUGUGCACUUAAAAAUGUACUUUUACAGAUUGACUUGCUUAAUUGGUCUGAAGAAAUGUGUAAACGUUUUGAAGACUUCAUUUCUGCUUCUAGAGGACCUCUGACUUGUAUAAUUUAUGCUCUUGCUCUUGUAAGCCCCAACUGUUUAUGCAAUAUAGUUGACUUACAGACUCCAUUUAUAAAUGCAGAGGAAUUCUUCAGAGAACUGGGUGGUGGACUCAAUCAGUCUGAAUAUACUGGUCUGAGAAACCUUGCAUCUUUGGGUUCUCUGUACAGUUUUUGCUACUCAUCUUUUAAUUUGAAAGUUGGAGAUGAGGAGGAAAUUUAUAUAACUCACAUACAUAGUCCCACAGAAUUCUAUUGCCAGCUUAAUAGAAACACUGAAACUCUGGAGACAUUGAUGAAGAAGGUGAGUGCCAUAAGUAAAAUGCCAAAUAAUGCAAAAUAUGAUACCAGCAGUACUCAAUUAUGUAUAGCCAGGUAUUUUGAAGAUGGUCUCUUUUAUAGAGCUUUGGCUUAUCCUGUGGAAUCAGCAUCCUGCUUGUGUGCUGACUUUGUGGAUUUUGGAAAUCAGAGUGUGGUAGAGAGGGACCAGUUGAUGCCUAUUCCAGACUUUGCCACUGACCUAAUAUUCACACCCAUGCAAGCUAUUAAAUGUUGUCUGUCAGAUCUUAGGGAGACAAAAAUUCCAGCAAGAGUUACUAGAUGGUUUGAGGAAACAUUUCUUGAUAAACUGCUGAAGGCUGUAAUUGUAUCCAGAGAAUCAGAUGGACAGAUUCUUGUGGAGUUGUAUGAUGGACAGCUCAAAGUAAGUCAGAGAAUUAAAGAGAAAGUAUUGGAAGAGUUGACACUGAAAAAUUAUACACAACGAUUUAUUGGAAGUAGCAGAGGAGUGGUAUGUCACAUGGAAGAUGACAAAGAAAGUAACAAAGUAACAGCUAACAAUCCUAAAAGAGUUACACUGAAAACUGAAAUGAAAUGCCAUGGAUGUAGUGAGUACUCUCCGGCAGAUACUGGACAGAAUUUUGGAGAUGAAGAGAAUGCUGAAUGUAUCACACAAAAGUUGGGUAGUGGGUCCUCAAAACCUCCAACUUCACAGGAUAGGGAAGAACCAGUUCAUAGAAAUACCAUCAGUGCUGUUCAGGAGCACAGAGAGGAACCUCUGGUUGGAGAGCCUGCUUUAAAUUCAAAGGAAGCAACUAAAAAUGCUGUCUCCGAAUCUCAUAAUGAUAGACUGAAUUAUACAAGUCAGCAGGAAAGGAGUAAUGAAAAUGUACCUAAAUUAAUCAGUCUUCCUCAACGUGAUAUUCAGGUAGAUUCUGAAGUAGUGGGUUAUAUUUCUCAUGUGAAUAGUCCAUCAAGUUUCUAUGUUCAGUUUGCAGAGGAUGAAAACUUAAUAACACAACUAGCAAAAGAGUUAAAUGAAACUAUGGAGAACACAGGUCAUGAAAAUGGCUUAGAUGAGCCCAUGGUAGGGGACCUCAUUGUUGCAGAGUAUGACACUGAUUGUUUUUACUAUAGAGCAGUUAUUAAAGCUCUGAAACAGAGAAACUCUGUUGAGAUAGAGUUCAUUGACUAUGGUAAUGCAGCAAUUGUAAGUCCUUCAAAAAUCUGCAGGAUUCAGAAGAAGUUCUUAACUUUGCCAAGGCUCAGUGUUCAUUGUUUCCUUAGCAGAGUAAAAAGUGUUCCUAGUGAAAGCCGGACUAACAAAAGUACUUCCUGUUUAGUAAGCAGAAAAAAUAACAAGCUAGUCACUUGCAAGUUCUUACAGCAGCAUGGAGAGCAAUGGGAAAUAGAUGUAAUUUGUGAUGGAAAAUCUGUGUCUAAUGACCUGCUGAAAAAAUGCAGGGCGAGGUGGCAAAAACCACCGAUACUCGAUUGGGAAAAUAGGCCAAACCAGAUUCUGGUUACAAGUGGGAGUCCUCAAUAUAGGAGGUCUAGGAAUGGUUUAGUUGAUCAAAGCAAAACUAAGGCUGUUAGGAUGAAAAACACUUUCAAAAUACCCUUAAAUGUCCUUUCUCAAUAUCUAAAUUCUGGACAAGUAGAAGGAGCAGAAGUAGUUAAUAUUUUAGACAGUGGAGAAUUUCAUGUACAGUUACUUAGAAAUGUGGAAGUAUUGCAUGAGUUAAAUGUAGUGCUUGUCAAAGAAGCACAGAGAAGUGAUUUGCUUGGAGUGGAUGACAUUGAAGAAGGAUUGGAAUGCAUGACAAAAUCUGAAAUUAACUUGGAGUGGUAUCGGUCAAGAGUGAUAAAGAAAUUUGUCCAAGAGAAGUUAAUGCUGGUUUUUUUCAUGGAUUACGGAAGGUAUGAGAUGGUGUCCUUAUAUAAUGCAAAGAUGCUCAGUGAUGAGAUUAGAAAUAUUCCUAAACAGGCUGUGUUUUGUAAAUGGGUUUGGUUUAAGAAAAUAAAGAAAAAUCAGUUUGUCCAUGUGGUAAAUGCACUCCUGGAUCAUGGAAUUAGGAUCUUGUUUUUGAGAUACUUGGAAUGCUCUCAUAUUUGGGAAGUAGAUAUUUUAAUAGGGGAAAUUCUGCUUCAGGAGUAUUUGGACAUGCUAUUAAGUCAUUGUCAGACUAUUGUUAGACCAGAAAAAUCCAGUAAUACAGAUUGUAAGGUGUGUGAUACAUCAUUAAAAAAAAAUUCAAUCACAUGGUUGCUGCGGAGUGGCAGAAGGUAUCCUGGGUUUGUAACUGCAGUUACUGAUCCUUCAAAUUUCUGUGUCCAGUUUGAAAGCUUAUUUGGUUGCAUGCAAAACCUCUCUUUGCUGCUCUCUGACCUUCCUGACAACUUGCCAGCUUUGCCACAAGAACUUGUGGCUCCUGGUGCUAGCUGCUUGAUCAAGUUUGGACUGGAAGCACAGUGGAGCAGGGCAGAAAUUAGUGAAGUAACAAGUCAGUCUGUUGUUCUUAGAUUUAUUGAUUAUGGCUUUCUGAAGAGCAUCCCUUACUCUGAUAUUCAUAAACUUAAAGUCAUAACAAAAAGUCUGUCUUAUUUACCACACUUGGCAUACUCUUGCUCUUUACAUGAUGUAGUUCCUGCCAAGGGGGAAUACUGGAGUGAUGAAGCUAAACUUCUGUUUCAGGAGCUUCUUAGUAAUCUUGGUCUGAUAUUUCAUUUUAAACACUAUGGCUCCGAAAUGAAGUUAGAGGUGGAUGUUCUGCACAAGGAGAACAAUCUAGCUCAUGCCUUAAUUGCUGCUGGCCAUGCAGCCUGCUAUAGAAGUAGGUGCUGUCUUAUUCCAGUUGAUGGAAUUAAAUCAGAAAAAACAGAUUUAUAG